ACGUCCAAGUCGUCUUAAAAUACUGCAUUAUUUUCACGUUCUCUUUAAUGUCUAUUUCGUCUACCCACUACUCUCCUUCCUUUUAACUACCACUCGCCAACGCUCUUCUUUGAACCGCAUAUUCAACCUUCGAAUCCAAUCCUCUUUCGUCUCAACAACAACAUCAUCAUGAACAAGUUACACGACUGGCCAGAGCCAAUCGUACGAGUUCAGUCGUUGUCCGAAAGCGGCUUAAAUAAAAUUCCAGAGCGAUACGUCAAGCCUUUAACAGAGAGGCCAUCGUUUUCCUCAGAGAAUAAUAUUGACGACAAUGUUAAUAUUCCAAUCAUUGAUCUCGCCGGCUUGUUUCAAGACGAUGAAAACGUUCGAGCCGAAAUCAUUUCUCAGGUUUCCAUGGCUUGUCGUGAAUGGGGAUUCUUCCAAAUUCGGAACCAUGGCGUCCGCCCUGAACUGAUGGACCAAGCUCGCGAAACUUGGCGCCAGUUUUUUCAUGCGCCGAUGGAGCUUAAACAAGCUUAUGCAAAUUCGCCUAAUACUUACGAAGGCUACGGCAGCCGUUUGGGCGUCGACAAAGGAGCCGUUCUUGACUGGAGUGAUUACUAUUUUCUCCAUUAUCGACCUUGUAAUUUAAAAGAUUACAACAAAUGGCCCGCCUAUCCGCCCUCUACCAGGGAAGUGAUUGAUGAGUACUGCAAGGAUGUGACGGAAUUAUGUGGGAGAUUGAUGAAGAUUUUUUCAUUAGAGCUUGGAUUAAGAGAAGAUCGUCUUCAAAAUGCAUUUGGAGGGGAAAAUAUUGGCGCUUGUUUACGGGUCAAUUUUUAUCCCAAGUGUCCACAACCCGACUUGACUCUCGGGCUAUCGUCUCAUUCGGAUCCUGGCGGGUUGACGAUGCUGUUGCCCGAUGAUCAAAUUCCGGGUCUUCAGGUCCGAAAAGGAGAUAAUUGGAUCACUGUGAAGCCGGCUAAACAUGCUUUCAUCGUCAACAUUGGUGAUCAAAUUCAGGUGCUAAGCAAUGCAAAUUACAAGAGUGUGGAACAUAGAGUGAUCGUAAAUCCGAAUGAAGAGCGAGUUUCAUUGGCUUUAUUUUAUAAUCCGAAAAGUGAUAUACCGAUUGAACCAGUGAAGGAACUUGUAACAUUGGACACACCGGCAUUAUAUUCUCCAAUGACGUUUGAUGAAUAUAGACUUUUCAUAAGAAUGAGAGGUCCUCGAGGCAAAUGCCAAGUUGAAUCUAUGAAAUCUCCGAGAUGUUGCUCAUGAAUUAAUAUUACAAUAUUGUUCAAAUUUGAUUA